GGGUUAAAAAUUAAUUGGGCAGGGCCAGAAAAACAUGGGGAUACUGGAAAAGAUUCAAGAAAUUGAGAGGGAAAUUGCAAGGACUCAGAAGAAUAAAGCAACUGAGUAUCAUUUGGGUCUAUUAAAAGCAAAAUUAGCUAAAUAUCGUUCACAAUUAAUACAAGAUCAAGGUAGCAAAACUUCUGGCAAGGGUGAAGGCUUUGAUGUCAUGAAAUCUGGUGAUGCUAGAGUCGUUCUGAUUGGCUUCCCAUCAGUCGGAAAAUCUACACUUUUGAAUUUACUCACUUCGACACACAGCGAAAGUGCAUCAUACGAGUUCACAACCCUCACAUGCAUUCCAGGAGUGAUUGAGUAUAAUGGCGCUAAUAUUCAGUUACUUGAUCUUCCUGGCAUCAUCGAAGGAGCCUCACAAGGUAAAGGGAGGGGGCGGCAGGUGAUAUCGGUAGCGCGUACAGCUGAUGUUAUUCUAAUGAUGUUGGAUGCCAGCAAAGGAGAAAUUCAAAAGGCACUGUUGGAGAAGGAAUUGGAGAGUGUUGCUAUCAGACUUAAUAAAAGACCACCUGAUAUUUACUUUAAGAUUAAGAAAGGUGGGGGACUCUCUAUAAAUUCUAUGCUGACUCUCACAAAAAUAAGCGAGAAGAUGGUCCAGAUGAUUCUUCAUGAAUAUAAGAUUUUUAAUGCAGAAGUCGUCUUUAGAGAGGAUUGCACUACAGACGAGUUUAUUGAUGUUAUUAUGGGCAACAGAGUCUACCUCAAGUGUUUAUAUUGUUACAAUAAGGUAGACACCAUCUCUAUAGAAGAAAUGGACAGGCUUGCCAGACAGCCAAACUGUAUUGUCAUUAGUUGUGGACUAAAGCUCAACCUCGAUUACCUUCUUGAAGUUAUAUGGGAAUAUCUUCAGCUGCUUAGAGUCUACACCAAGAGGAGGGGAGAACCUCCAGAUCUCUCAGGAGCAAGUUCCCUUAUAAUGAGAAAAGGCUGUACUGUAGAACACGUAUGUCACGCUGUUCAUAGAACAUUUGUCGACUCUUUCAAAUACGCUUUGGUCUGGGGGACUAGUACCAAGUAUAGUCCACAGAGGGUUGGAUUACAUCAUUUAAUGCAUGACGAAGAUGUCAUUCAAGUAAUGAAGAAGUGAUGGGCACUCCAAUCCUCCAAACAAUUAUCUGAUUCAUUGCUGUUAUUAUUAUUAUCAUUAAUUUCUUAUCAAAAAGUUAUUAAUCAUUCCAAAGAAUAAUAA